AUGUCGAGAAUAGGAUUGUUUGGGCAAAUUUCCGAGGUUACUGAUCACUUAUUUCUCUCUGGAGCCGGUGUUCUGAAACUUGAAAAAUUACGUCAAAAAAAAAUUUCGUGUAUUGUAAAUGCAACUGUUGAAGAACCAUCCACUCACAUUCCAGGGAUUGACUACCUGAGGAUCUCAAUAGAAGAUAGUCCCUAUUCAAAAAUUGACCAAUAUUUUGAUAUUGUUGCAGACAAAAUCAAGGCAGUCAAGGACAGGGGUGGUCGAACUUUAGUACACUGUGUAGCUGGGGUAUCACGAUCUGCUACUUUAUGCAUGAUAUAUCUCGUAAAGCAUGAACGGAUGACGUUACGUCAGGCAUAUCAUUUUGUUAAAUCAGCUCGACCUGUUAUCAAGCCUAACGUAGGCUUCUGGAAGCAAAUGAUUGAGUAUGAGCGUAAAUUAAAAGGUUCCAGUUCAGUGCAAAUGAUAGAAACAAAUCAAGAUGGUAUGACACUUCCAGAUGUGUACUGUUCAGAAUUAAAACGACGAUUGAUUCAAAAUCAUUCAUUACCGAAGGGUACUUGUCGAAAUAUCACAAUUACACAAGUUCCUUUCAAAUACUCACAAACCUCGAAUUUUGGUCGUUCAUUGGGUUCAUCUUAUCGAAGAUCCACAUCACCCUCAAUUAUACCAUCACUUUUCUCCCUUCCAUCACGACAACAUUCACCGUUCUCAAUGCUAACAUCAUCCUUUGCUCGACGACGCAAUAAUGAUUUGUUCGAUUCGUAUCAUUCAGGUUUUUCCACAUUCUAG